UUUAUUUAUCGUACAAUGAGUGUGCAAUUCACAAUUGCUGGCACAGGACCUGUACAAUGUAAAAAAGAACGAAAAAUUGUCAAUUUCAACCUUUCACAUAUUGUGAAAGGACAUUUGGAUUAUUCUCGCAAAUUAACAGAAGUAUUGGCAGCUGUUGGUGUUCGAGUUACACCACAUCGUGACGAAUCGAUGCCAAAUUUUGACGAAACUGUGGAAACAUCGAAACCCAGCGCUGAUGGAAGUGAUAAGACGAAUGAACAAGGUCUUCCUUUAGACACCUCUGCUGGUGUUUUGGAAGCACAGAGCAAUCAUAUUGAUAUACCAGAAUCUGAAGUUAGCGAUUUGAGAACUCAUGCUUCAAACGAUGUGAAGGAGUCAGAAGGAAAGACAGAUGAUCCAAUACUAUGUGUGGAAAUAGAGGAAAAACUAGAAAUUUCUGAAGAAAAGGGGUCAGAAAGAAAGCCAGGUGAUUCAGCACGAUGUGUGGAAAUGGAGAAAAAUCAAGAAAUUUUUGAAGAAACGGAUGAAAAACAGGCCGCGACCAUGAAGGAGAAACCCUCAGAAGUGCCCGACGUGGGAAAAAAGUUGAGUGUUGCAGAAAAUGAGGUAAAGGCACGUGUAGAAAACGAAUGAGA